AUGAGACUGAACUCAGUAUUUAUAAAAAGAGCGGAAAGAAAAGAGAGAAUAAUCAAAACCGAGAUAAAAUCGAGAAAAAAAUGCGCUGUAUUUUUCAUUUCCUCGCGUUUUUCUCAUCUUUUUUCCUUUGGGUACAGUAUGGGAACUGUUGGAUACGGAGUGAUUCCCCAGCAUCACAAAUCUAGCCCGAUGAAGAUCAUCGAGUACAAGAAGAAACGUGCUUUCAAACCGACUUCUGGGAAGAAAAUCGGAAGAACUGGAAAUGCCGAGUUCAAUCGAUUGCUGAAUUUAUAUCUUUGA